AUGGAAAAGAAGCCCAUAAUGCAGCAACUGGCCAAGAAUGUCCGUCGGAUGUCAUUAUCUGAUGACAGUGCCAUGAUGAAGCAAAUUCAGGGAACCCAUUCGCCUGAUGGGCGUGAUGUCUAUGCCAAGCCCAAUCUCCAAGUCAUUGAGGACAUCCUGAACCAUGUCACUCCCGACGUUGCUGAUAAUCCUGUCUAUCUAGAAGAAUACUUCCGAAGACGUUUUCGAAUGAGACGGUCAUUGUUUGUUAGUAUCUUACAUAAUAUUCAACAAAUGAAUGAGUACUUCAUCCAAACCCGCGAUACCACUGGUACUCCUGGAUUAUCUAGUGUACAUAAGAUGACUGCAGCACUUCGGAUCCUACAGUACGUCGUGCAUGCUGAUGUUGUAGAUGAGUACAUUAGAAUCGGCGAAAGUACUGCAAUUGCCGCCUUGAAUUUUUUUACCAGAUCAAUUGUUGCUACCUAUGAAGCCAUUGACUUAAAAUCCCCAAAUGAAGCAGAUGUCGCCAGAUUAUUUCAAGAGGGAGAGCAACGCGGGUUUCUUGGAAUGUCGCCUUUAUUUGCUGAAUUAAUUAGAGGACGUGCCCCUGCUGCCAACUACACCAUCACUAAUCACGCGUACACCAUGGGUAUUAUCUUACUGAUGGUAUCUACCCUCAUUGGGCAACAAUUGUGA